AUGAAUGCAUUAACUGAAAAUGAAAUUAAUGAAAUUAUCGAUGAAAGUAUUGAUAAUUGGACUAAUUAUUGGAAUACAAAACAUACAGUUGAUAUAAAUCGUUCAAAAAAAGGACUUAGAAAAUUUAUUAAUUAUAUAGUUAAUUACAAUCAUCAAACAUGGUAUUAUCAAAUAAAUGAAUUUGGUUGGUUGAUACAAGAAGUAUCAUGUGAAAUAGGAUCAAUUGUAUUAAAUUCUUAUAAUCCAAAUCCUGUUUUUACACAAGAAUUAAUGCUUCAUGAAAUUACUCAUUAUAGUCAAAAUAGCUGUUGA